AUGACUCAAUUGGAGCUCUUUGCUGCUUUAACUCCCGUGUCCUUUCGUAAGACUUUGGACACGUUUUCGUCCAUUUCUCGUCAUCUUUCUAGCAAUCCAGUACUCUGUCGUCGUACGUCGUCCACUUGUGUCACGUAUGACACGAUCGAGUGUACGGCUUUGAUUAUUGGCUGCGGAAUAGCCGGUAGUGCAACGGCAUUACGUUUAGCUAAUCAAGGGAUUAAAGUAACAAUGUUGGCAGCUGCGAAAGAUCCCAAUAAUUGUGCGACGUAUUAUGCGCAAGGUGGGAUUAUUUACAAAAGUGACGAUGACACGCCUGCGUUAUUAUCAACGGAUGUUCAUCGAGCCGGUGCAGGAAUCUGUGAUGAUCUUGCAGUUCAGAAACUGGCUCUUGAAGGUCCGGGACGAGUGGAAGAAAUGUUGCUUGAAGUUGCCAAGGUCCCUUUUACCCGAAAAGAUGACGGGGCACUUGCAUUGACACUGGAAGCGUCACAUAAUCGUGCUCGGAUUCUCUAUAAGGCCGACCAUACUGGUCGUGCAAUUUCGACAAGUAUGGUCCAAGCCGUUUAUGAUCAUCCGAAUAUUGUGCUGCUUACUAAUCGCAGUGCUUUUGAACUCGUCACGAAUCAUGCUGGCGAAUGUGUUGGAGCAUUGACUGUGUCGACAAAGAGAACAGUGGAUUAUUAUCGUGCUCCUUUUACACUUUUGGCUACGGGUGGCAUUGGUGAUGUGUAUCAAAACACAUCGAACCCCGAAGGUGCUCGUGGAGAGGGCAUUGCACUUGCUGCUCGUGUUGGUGCAAAGCUAAAGAAUAUGCAGUAUGUUCAGUUUCAUCCGACGACGUUGUAUAUUCCAGGAGAACGUCGUUUUUUAUUGACGGAAGCAUUGCGUGGUGAAGGUGCUAUUUUACGUAAUAAAAGUGGUCGUGCAUUUGCGAAGGAUUAUCAUGUGGAUGGCGAAUUGGCUCCACGUGAUGUAGUGGCUCGCCUUAUUCUAGCAGAGAUGGAGAAACAGAAUGAAAUGUGUAUGUAUUUGGAUAUCUCACAUGAAAAUGCCGACUGGAUCAAGACCCGUUUUCCGACGAUCUAUCAACACUGUCUUGAUCGUGGUAUUGACAUGACAAAGGAACCAAUGCCAGUGGUUCCCGCUGCUCAUUACCAUUGUGGUGGUGUAGAGGUUGACUUGCACGGUCGAACAUCGGUUCCUCGUCUAUAUGCUGCUGGUGAAGUGAGCUGUACUGGUCUUCAUGGUGCAAAUCGUCUCGCGUCGACUUCUUUGUUGGAAGGAUUAGUGUGGGGCUGCAGUGCUGCUGAUGAUUUUAUGAAGCGUCGUAAAUCAAUGGACUUCGAGAGCUUUAAGAAAGAGAAUGAUCCAUUUGCCAACCUAAACGGCUUUCGAGACCCAUACCCGAAUGAAGUUGAAGAGGUAAUGCUGGCGACUCAGCGUAUCAUGUGGGAGUCAGUGGGUCCCAUUCGUACGAAUGCUGGCAUGAGUAGCGCAGUGGACAAGCUCGCACUUCUCGAAAUCAAGGCAGACAAGCUGCAUCAAGAGUGCCGGGUGACCCGCGAGACAGCGGGUCUGCGAAAUGCGGUCCGUACUGCAAAGGAGAUUGCCCUGGCGGCUCUGAACAGCCACGAAUCGGUGGGCACCCACUACAUCGUGCAGGAGUAA